AUGCCAGAGGAAGAUCCACCGGGCGCAUCGGGCUUUCAUUUAGGCAGCGACGACGAGAAUGAGCCCGCCCUCCGGCUUCGCAAGAAGAAUUCACACGUGCGGCUCGACGAGAAGUUGACGAUAAUCUGCGAUACAGAAACCCCAUCGACGAGUGACACGGAGCCACUGUGUAGGGAUGAGCCAAAAGCCUCGCCAAAAAACCCGGAAUCCGCGGAUUCCCUCGGGUUUCUGUCGUAUUUCUGGUCCGAGUUGACGAGAGGCUACUCCCUCGACAACGACCAGACUCGGUACACGGAAAAGCGACGGAAGGUCUACGCCUUCUUCCAAAUCCCCUACGAGUUCGAGAAGUUUGUGCUUUUCGGGACGUUGCAGUGCGUGGACGCGUUCCUGUACCUCGUCACCUUUUUGCCGAUACGAUUUUUGAUAUCUCUACUCAACGCGCUCUUCCAACGUCGCUGGUUCGCCACGGCCGAGAUUUGUGAUAUUUUAAAGGUUGUGAUCAUCGUUACUUCUUCCUACUUUAUGCAAUAUAUCGACACGUCGGUGGUCUAUCAUUUGGUACGCGGCCAGGGCGUGAUAAAGCUGUAUAUGAUGUUCAACAUGCUGGAAGUGGCCGAUAAAUUGUUGAGCAGUUUUGGGCAGGACGUCCUCGAUUCGCUAUUCUGGACGGCAAACGAGAGGAAAAGACGUGGAAACGUUUUCUGGACGACGUUUCACCUCGGGAUGGCCAUUUUCUACGUGACCGGGCACACGUUUUUGGUACUGCUGCAGGCGACAACCCUGAACGUGGCCUUCAACUCGCACAACCAGUCGCUGCUGAUGAUACUGAUGAGCAACAACUUUGUCGAGAUCAAGGGCUCCGUCUUCAAGAAGUUCGCCAAGGCCAACCUGUUCCAGAUGAGCUGCAGUGACAUCCGCGAGCGCUUCCACAUCAUGGCUCUCCUGUUCGUCGUCUUCAUGCGCAAUAUGAUGGCCGUCAACUGGAGCGUCGACCAUCUGAAGGAGAUGCUACCGGAUUUUGUGAUCGUCCUCGUUGCCGAGCUGAUCGUCGACUACUUGAAGCACGCCUUCAUCACCAAGUUCAACGAGAUCAACGCCGAGGUGUAUCAAGAUUACACGUUGACGAUCGCGUUCGACGUGGUGAAGAGCCGGGAUGACGGCGCGUUCACGCAUUAUUCCGAUCAGGUCUCCCGCCGAAUGGGCUUCAUCCCGAUCCCCCUGCUGGUGAUGAUUUUCCACGUGCUCCACCAGACGUUCAGCCUCACCAACACGACGAAUUUGGUCCUUUUUGGCCUCGUCUGGGUGCUGAUGCUCUCGAUCAAGGUCGGCAACGGCGUCGCGCUGAUGGUCAACGCCUGCCAGCACGUGUCCGCCUAUCGCGAGCUGCAGAAGCAGGCCGAGCAGAACCGGAUCUUCAGGCAGCGCAUCACCGGGAAGAAGAGCAAGAGCGCCCCGAGCAGCCCCAAGAUCAGCAUCAUCGAUUUUAAUGACAUUUGUCAUCAACCCUCAACCACGCACGGCUUCACGAUUUCGGAUGUGCUGACGCAGCUCGAGCAUCUCAAGCUUGGCGAGCCCCGCUCUCCCGCCGUUGCCUCUAUCAUUGGAGACGAGCGCACGCCGAGGAGGACGAAGAGUUUCGGCAAUUUAUCGAGGCAAAAACGCGACAACAGCGAACCCCCAGCCGGCAGUCAAGAGCUGGGUAGUGUGGUGGAAGAGCGGCGGAUCAGCUACGAGGACAAGGAAAGAAGAGAGGGAGCUGACGGACCGACAUCAGCCGGUGGAGCUGCCGGGCAGCAAAGCCCGACGAAGAAGCCGGCACGGCUCGAUUGGCCCAGUCCGGCUCCCAAGCCGAAAGACGAGAAGCCGAUCACGGUGCCGGGCGGCGACUCGGAGACGUUGCUCAGCGAGGUGACCGCCUACAAGAUGCUGCAGCCCGAGCAGGGCGUCGAGCGUAUCGAG